AACUAACAACAAUAAUUAAUAAAUUAUCGUUAAUUAACAACAACUUAAAUAAAAAAAGUUUAAACAUUUAUAAAUCAUUACUGCAACUAGUCCUUUAAUAUUAUACACGCUUCCAUUAUGUCGGAACCUAUAAACAAUUUAACUCUAACGACGUCGUUACACAACGGCUCGUUAUCAUCAUCAUCUUCAGCCUCAACAUCAACAGCAGCAGCGGCAACCACAUCAUCAGCCAACAGCUUAACGUCGGCCCAUGCAGCUAACUCAACCUCAACCACCAACAAUUGUGGCAAUACGCCCAUGCUUAACGGACACAUUGGCACUCACUAUACGCAUUCGAAGCAUAAUUUUGAACGUUAUACCAGCCAUACUAAUGAUUACGUUUCCAUACCACAAUUCUAUGCGGGUCGCAGUGUAUUCAUUACCGGUGGCACUGGUUUUAUGGGAAAGGUCUUGGUUGAAAAAUUACUACGCUCUUGUCCGGAUAUAAAAAAUAUUUAUCUACUCAUACGGCCCAAAAGAGGGCAAGAAGUUUCGGCUCGACUUGAUGAAUUGCUAGAUGCACCGCUUUUUGAAAAACUAAGAAGAGAAAAACCAAAGGAUUUGAGUAAAGUAAUUCCUAUAUCGGGUGAUAUAACAUCCGAAGAAUUGGGCAUUUCGGAAAGUGAUCAGGCUAUAUUGUGUCGCAAUGUAUCGAUUGUAUUCCAUUCAGCUGCCACUGUUAAAUUCGAUGAAAAGCUCAAAUUAUCAGUUACAAUCAAUAUGUUAGGGACAAAACGUUUGGUUGAAUUAUGUCAUCGUAUGAUGUCUUUAGAUGCACUUAUUCAUGUAUCCACUGCCUAUUGCAAUUGCGAUAGAACCGAAGUAUCUGAGGUUAUUUAUGCACCACCCUAUAAUCCCGAUGAUAUUAUUUCUUUAGUUAAUUGGCUUCCGGAAGAUACACUCGAUACGCUAACUCCCUCACUGAUUGGUAAACGCCCAAAUACUUAUACAUUUACAAAAGCCUUAGCUGAACAUAUGCUACUCAAGGAGGCUGGUAAUCUUCCAGUUGCCAUUGUGAGGCCAUCUAUAGUGACUGCCAGCUUAAAUGAACCUUUUGCCGGUUGGAUUGAUAAUUUUAAUGGUCCCACUGGUCUCUUAUCUGCCAUGGCCAAAGGUCUAUUUCGCACAAUUGUGUGUGAGAAAAAUUGCAUUGCCGAUGUGGUACCUGUUGAUAUUGUGAUUAAUCUAAUGAUAACGGCUGCAUGGCGCACAGCAUCCCAUAAAACUAAUGAUAAUUUAUUAAUUUAUAAUUGUUGUACCGGUCAACGACAUCCCAUAACGUGGGGUAAAUUUGUUAACUAUGCCAUUGAUCACGUUCGUAAACAUCCAUUAGAGGGUUGUGUUUGGUAUCCUGGUGGCGUUUUACGUCGUAAUGUUACCAUUAAUGCUGUACAGGGCUUUAUUUUACAUUAUAUACCAGCGUAUAUAUUGGAUAUUAUUGCACGAUUUGCUGGCAAAAAACCAUUUGUGGUUAAAGUCCAAAAUAAAAUCGCCAAAGCAGUUGAUUGUCUACAAUACUUUGCCACUCAUCAAUGGCAAUUUAAGGAUGAUAAUGUUUAUGCUUUAUUACAAACCCUCAGUCCAAAGGAUCGUGAGACAUUUGUAUUCGAUGUGACUACAAUUAAUUGGGAAAAAUAUAUGGAAAGAUAUGUUUUAGGUUUUAGACAAUUUCUAUUUAAACAAAAACCACAAUCAUUACCUGGCAGUCGAAAAAGAUUAUUAAGAUUGUAUUAUAUUAAUCAAUUAACAAAAUUAUUAAUGGUCGUAUUUACUUGGCGUUUUCUGAUGUCACGUUCAAAACGUUUAAAUGCCUUGUGGUCAACAUUUUUACAAAAUCUUUUUAAAAUAAUGCGUCUUAUGCCAUUUUUGUAAUAUAUUUAUUAUUUAAAUUAUUAUUAUUAUUAUUAUUAUUAUAAAUAUAAUUUCGUAAAUGAAAAAUUUAAUAC